GGAUGAAGGUCUAAACAGGAGUCAAGUAGUUUGACUGAUGUCCAGAGGCGUACCGCUGUUGUGUUUCCUUUCUCUCAGUCAGGCAGGCGUGUGAAACUAAGCGAGGGUCUCCGCAUUUGAUCGUGAAAUUUGAGCGUUUAUAGCGGCGAAGUUGUCAAAUUGAUUUUUUUGUUUUGGUUGUUUCGUACAGUGUGUUAUAAAGGGCCUUUUAUUCAUUGGACUGAGUGCGUUUGCACCGCAGUGAGUGAGUGAAUGGAGAUUCACCUCCACUUUUAAACCAUGUUGCAAACUUUUUUCCGGCAACAAUUGAAUUAAACUUUUUAAUAUCAAACGUUCCGCAGACAAUAUAUCGCCUUCAUGAAUUGCGUUAUCACCAUGACUGAUGAAAGCAAAGGAGAACACGGGAAAGGCGAAAGCGGGAAAGAUUUGGAGAAACAGCUACGUCUGAGAGUGUGUGUUUUGAACGAACUUCUGAAGACUGAACGGGAUUAUGUCGGGACACUCGAGUUCCUUUCAGUGUUUCUCCACCGCCUCAACCAGUAUGCAGCCACGAAGAUCGACAAGAACGUCACAGAGGAAACCGUUAAGGUGUUGUUCUCUAACCUGGAGGAAAUCCUGUCUGUGCACCGUAACUUCCUGUCCAUGGUAGAAGAGCUGCUACAGCCAGACCCCCACGCUCACCACGAAGUGGGCCGCUGCUUCCUGCACUUUAGGAGUGGUUUUCAGAUCUAUGAUGAGUACUGUGGGAACCAUGAGAAAGCGCAGAGAUUGCUGCUGGAACUCAACAAAAUCAGGACCGUCAGAACAUGCUUACUGAACUGUAUGUUGCUGGGGGGCAGGAAGAAUACAGAGGUUCCAUUGGAGGGCUACCUGGUCGCUCCCAUUCAGAGGAUCUGCAAGUAUCCACUGCUGCUCAGGGAGCUGCUAAAGAGGACUCCUAAGAAACACAAUGACUACUCCCUGGUGCUGGAGUCUCUGCAGGUCAUGAAGGCUGUCUGUUCCUCCAUCAACGAGGCCAAGAGACAGAUGGAGAAGCUAGAGGUGCUGGAGGAGUGGCAGUCCCACAUCGAGGGAUGGGAGGGUUCCAAUAUAACAGACACGUGUACAGAGAUGUUGAUGCACGGAGUCCUGCUGAAGAUCUCAGCUGGUAACAUCCAGGAACGCAUCUUCUUCCUCUUCGACAACCUGCUGGUCUACUGCAAGAAGAAAAACAGGCGUUUAAAAAACAGCAAGGCAGCUACAGAGGGACCGCGUUACCUGUUCAGAGGAAGAAUCAACACCGAGGUGAUGGAGGUGGAGAACGUAGAUGACGGAACAGCGGAUUACCACAGCAGCGGGAACAUAGUGAACAACGGCUGGAAGAUCCACAACACAGCCAAGAACAAGUGGUUUGUGUGCAUGGCCAAGACCCCAGAGGAGAAACAGGAGUGGCUGGAGGCUAUCCUCAAAGAGAGGGAGAGGAGGAAAACGUUGAGGCUGGGGAUGGAGCAGGACACGUGGGUGAUGGUGUCAGAGAAAGGAGAGAAGCUCUAUCACCUGAUGACUAAGCAGGGGCACCUCAUCAAGGACAGGAAACGCAAGCUCACCACAUUCCCCAAGUGCUUCCUGGGAAGUGAGUUUGUGAGCUGGCUGGUGGACAUUGGGGAGACUGAUAACCCAGAGGAGGGGGUUCAUCUGGGACAGGCUCUACUGGAGAAUGGCAUCAUACACCAUGUCACAGACAAACACCAGUUCAAGCCAGAGCCGGUGCUGUACCGUUUCCGCUACGACGACGGGACCUACCACCCCAGGAGUGACAUGCAGGACGUCAUCUCCAAGGGUGUCAGACUCUUCUGCAGGCUUCAUAGUCUCUUCACUCCGGUCAUCAGGGACAAGGACUACCACCUGAGAACGUACAAGUCGGUGGUGAUGGCCAACAAGUUGAUAGACUGGCUCAUAGCACAGGGGGACUGCAGGACGAGGGAGGAGUCGUUGAUCUUGGGGAAGGAGCUGUGUGACAAUGGCUUCAUGCACCACGUGUUGGAAAAGAGUGAGUUCAAAGACGAGCCUCUGCUGUUCCGUUUCUUUGCGGAUGAGGAGAUGGAGGGAUCAAACACCAAACACAAGCAAGCCAUGAAGCACGACCUGAAGAUAGCUGAGAAUGUCAUCGCCAAGUCGCUGUUGAUAAGACCCAGUGAAGGAGGUUAUGGUUUCAGCCUGGAGGACAGAAACAGAGUACCCAUCAUCAAGUCAGUGGAGAAGGGCUCGCAUGCGGAGAUGGCAGGUCUAGAGGUCGGGAGGAAGGUGUUUUGUAUAAAUGGAGACCUGGUGUUCCUGAGGCCCUUCCCGGAGAUGGAGGCUUUCCUCAAACACUGCUUCACCAGCAAGGGACCUCUCAGAGUGCUGGUUAGCACCAAGCCUAGAGAGACAGUGAAGAUCCCAGACUCAGCAGACGGACUGGGGUUCCAGAUCAGGGGCUUUGGCCCUUCUGUGGUGCACGCUGUUGGCAGAGGCACGGUGGCAGCCAUCGCAGGUCUCCACCCUGGCCAGUGUAUCAUCAAGGUGAACAACAUCAACGUCAGUAAGGAGAGCCACGCCAGCGUCAUCGCACACGUUACUGCCUGUAGGAAAUACAGAAGACCCACACAGCAGGACAGUAUACAGUGGGUGUAUAACAACAGUGAGAGUUCCCAGGAGGACCAGGGGAAGAACCAGAAACAAACUGCUGAGGAGAACGGGGAUGGCUUCCAGUGUAAAGUAGAGGAGGUGAUGGAUAAGUUCAACACCAUCGCUAUCAUUGACGGUAAGAAGGACCACGUGAGUCUGACCGUAGACAACGUUCAUCUGGAGUAUGGAGUGGUGUACGACUACGACAGCACCGCCGGGAUCAAGUGUAGAGUCCUGGAGAAGAUGGUGGAGCCAAAAGGAUUCUUCAGCCUCACAGCCAAGAUCUUGGAGGCGCUGGCGCAUAGUGAUGACACGCUGGUUCAGAUGUGCAGUAGACUGAGCUCCAGCUGUGACGUCAUCCCCGAGAACCUGCAGGUCCGCUUCAGCGCCAUGUGUGGAGAACGGGUGGAGCACAUCAACAGACGUAUCACCAACUACAGAAAGUUCUCACGGGUGUUGAAGAACAGGGCGUGGCCCACCUUCAAGCAGGCCAAAACCAAGGUGUCCCCGCUCCACAGCAGCGACUUCUGCCCCACCAACUGCCAUGUGAACGUGAUGGAGGUGUCCUACCCCAAAACCACCACCUCUCUGGGCAGCGCCUUCGGAGUGCAGCUGGACAACAGGAAGAGUUCCACCCUGGAGAGAGGAGGUCGUAACGCCGAACAAGGUAAGCUGAACCCCAUGGUGUACGUACAACACACCAUCACCAGUAUGGCAGCUCCGUCAGGUCACAGUCUGGGUCGUACGGAGGGUCACGGCCUCCGCUUCCUGCUCCGGGAGGAUGACCUGCUGGUCUUGGACUCCUACCAGAAACUACUAGGCAAGCUGACCACGCUGGUGAAAGAGAUGGAGGGCCACGCCUCACAGAUACACGACCUCCUCUCCUCCAUCACCCUCCCCCCUGCCUCAGACAUGAAGACCCCAGAGAGUUACAUCUCAGCGGAGAGCGAAGGAGAGCGAGGAGGAGAGAAGAACGGAAAGAAGGUGUGUUUCAACGUUGCCGGAGACGAACAGGAGGACUCAGGACACGACACCAUCAGCAACAGAGACUCCUACAGUGACUGUAACAGCAACAGGAACUCCAUAGCUUCCUUCACCAGUAUCUGUAGCAGCCACUGCAGCUCCUAUGUUCACAGUGAUGAGAUGGACUCAGGAGACGAGAUGCCUGCCAGUGUAUGGAUAUCUCAUGAUAAGCAGAAGAAACUACACAGCUUUCUGGAGCAUCUCUUCAGCCAGGUGGAGUCCAUCACCAGUCUGCUGAAGGGAGCGGUGGUGGCCAAGGCUUUUGAACAGACCAAGUGUUUCACACCUGGACGAGGACUACAAGAGUUCCAGCAGGAGAUGGAUCCUCGGGUUAACUGUACCAAGAAGCUCCGUGUCCACAUCAAGCAGGACCCAUGGAACCUCCCCAGCAGCGUACAGGCCCUCACACACACCAUCGCCAAGUUCGUCGAAGAGGUGAAAACACGACUGCUCUUGGUCCUACUACAGUACACAGACUCAGAGAUCCAGUUGAGAAGAGAUAUGGUAUUCUGUCAGUCUCUGGUAGCAGCUGUUUGUGCCUUCUCCCAACACCUACUGGCUGUUCUCAACCAGACCCAGGGAUCAGGCAGGGAGGCAGACCCAGAGGCCCCGGACCCCCAGGACCCCCAGGACCCUCAGGAGGCAAGCCGACGGUGGCUGGAACAGGUAGCCUCCACUGGGCUACUUCUCCACUUCCAGUCCCUCCUCUCUCCCAACCUGACUGAUGAGCAGGCCAUGUUGGAGGAUACUCAGGUAGCUCUGAUGGACUUGGAGAAAGUCACCUUCUACUUCAGAGAAUUUGAAGGAGAACCACUGGUUGCAAACAUGCCCAUGUCGUAUGAGGUGGAGGGGACCCGCCAGGCCCUGAAGGUCUGUUUCUACCUGGAGACAUUCUACUUCUCCCAGCUACCCCAGCGCCUCCGGAACGGAGGAGGCUUCAAGAUCUACCCUGCCCUGUUCACCCAGGCUCUAGAGAGUAUGGAAGGGUAUUACUACAGGGAUAGUGUGUCUGUAGAGGAAUACCAGGCUCAGAUUAACUCUGCCUCGCUGGACAAAGUCAAACAGUACUACAAGAGACUGAGGGCUUUCUACCUGGAUAAGUCCAACCUUCCCCCCAGCUCCACACCUAAAGCUGCCCUCAUAGACAAGUUGAUGCGUCCUCUGAAUGCUCUGGAGGAGUUGUACCGGCUGAUGGAGAGUUUCAUCUCUUCCCGCACGGCAGCCUGUCAGUAUACAGCCUGUGGGGCGUCAGGAGUCGGCCUGCUUACCGUGGCAUCAGAACUCUGCUCUCGCCUCGGAGCCACACAUAUCGUCAUGUGCAACAGCGGCGUGCAUCGCUGUACCCUGAGUGUGACCCUGGAACAGGCAAUCCUAUUGGCUCGUAGCCACGGCCUUCCCCCACGAUGCAUCAUGCAGGCUACUGACGUCAUGAGGAAACAGGGGGCGAGAGUUCAGAAUUCAGCCAAGAACCUGGGAGUGAGAGACCGCACUCCGUCCUCUGUACCUAGACUGUAUAAGCUGUGCCAGCCUCCACCCCCAGAGGGUGAUUCCUAAUUCCCUAGUUCCUGUAUGGAGCUGUCCAGUCCAGCGAAGCUCUGCUCAUCCUUCUUCCUGAUCCAUUCCUUAGAAGACUUCUCUCUUUCUACCACUGAAGAAUCAACCUAGGGAUGUGUCCCAAAUGGCACCCUAUUCUCUAUUUAAUGCACCACUUUGGACCAGGACCUAAAAUGCUCACACUCGUGAGUUCAGUGGGUUCCAAUGGGGCUCUGGUCCAAAGUAGUGCACUAUAUAGGGUAUAGGGUUCCAUAUGGGACAUAGACCUGUAAACAGAACAUUUUCUCUCAUCGACAGCCAGCUUGCCUUUUCAAAAUGCCCACACUCAGUCACUCAACAGUGGGCUCAGUGGGUUCACAAUUUGUAAAUAGUGAAUUUUUAAUACUCUAUUUCUCUCUCUGCUAUUGUGCUGUACUUUAUAGCUGAUUUUAAAAUGGAUUUAUAUAUUUGUCUUGUGUCCAGCUACAUUGCAUCUCAUUUAACAUUAAUAGUGUUUUAUAAUGGAACAACAACAGAGCCUGAGAUUGGUGCCUUGAGGCUGACGUCCAACCAGCCAACUGAAAUGGAAUGCAGCCUAUCCAUCGAUGUUCUUUCUUUCUGCAAAUAACUAUCAUGGAAUGAAAAUGAGCUGUUUUGUUAUCACAAAGUUCAGGAAAUGACCAUUCCAUGACCUGACUGAUGUUGUUUGAUAUUUGUUUGGAUAUGGUGUGAAAAUGGAAUGAGAUUAUAUGAGUUGUGGGGCAAAAUUGCUGUGCCCCAUUUGCACAGUAAUUUAUUUUCCUUUCUCUCCAACCUGCUCAUUCCAGAUAAUGCAUUCAUGACUAUGUUGAUAACCAUGCAAAUGUUGUUGUAACAUUGAUCAGAGCGAUACUGUAAAACGACGUGUAGAUAUGCAGGUAUGACACCUUGAACACUACCAUGUAGCCUUGUAGACACUCUAGUUGCAUACCUUCUCUAGAGUCCCAGGCCGCAUUCCAAUCUAAAUCAGCACCUUUGCCUCCUCCCUUCACUUGGAGUGAGCCCUCCAGUGACGUGUCUACGACGUUUCCCCGAGGGAGCUUUCCCGAGCGAGUGGAGUGGAGGAGGGAAGGGAUCACAAGUGAAGUGGAUUGAGACGCACCUAAAGAUUAGUAAGGGACCACUGAAAGGUGCAGUGUAGCUCGUGUGUUUUCCAUUCUGCAGUCUCUGUGCCUUAAUGAUGGUAUAUUACAGAUAUGAACAUGAUCAUCUAUACAUACAUGAAGUGACCCCCUGAUAUGAAGAGGUUCCUACAUGAACCAUCAGUAUUAAAACAGCACUCCAAGCUUAUGUAAGUAGAGCUAUGAAAUAUAUAUAUAAAUAUACUUAAAUAUUGUAUAUUGCCAGUACUCAGGAGCUAAGUAUUAUUCUGUAUUUAGGUAUUACUUACAGUAUCAUUGCUAUAUUGGUAACAACAUUAUAGAGUUGGUUAAUUACUGGACUAUACAAACAUGGAAUAUCAACCUGCAUAGAUGAGCUUGGAUAUACUCCAAAUGGCGCUCUAUUCCCUAUUUAGAGACCUAUGGAGCCUGGUCUAAAGUAGUGCACUGUAUAGGAAAUAGGGUGCCAUUUGGGACUCGGCCUUCUGCUUGACAGCUGUCCCCAUAUAUCUCUCAAUGUCUUACUGUAAACACAUAGUGUUUGAAAUAAGUACCUUUUCUAAUAUUGCAUAAUGAAGGUGCCUGUUUGCCAUAUAGCAGCUUAUAAUGUGUUGAGGAGAAAACACAUUAAAAGAAAGAGAAAUGUAAAGAUGCAACUGUAAAAAAAAAAAAAGAUAAAACACCAAUAGCCAUGUUUGCUUGUUUGACUGAAAAUUACUGUAAUUUAUUUUCAUAUUAUGAGACUGACCCUCCAUAGUUGCCAUAUACACAAUGUACUUUCUCUGGUUUGAAACCAAUUUUCUCUGUAUUACUUUUAAAUAUACAAUGUUACGCUGUAGUCAUUAAUUUCAAUUAAACCGAUUUAAAGGAGACAUCCUGAAGGAUUGUAUU